CGGAAAUGGCUUCUAAAGAUAUCUCUGCUUCAUGUUUCGUCAGUGUAUCCAGAGACCUUACAGACAGUGUCAGGAAGUUAAUUGACAAGUCUGCUAUCAAGUUUGUUCGAGGGGUCAAGUUUGAAACCAAAAAUGGAAAGGCAGAGGACAGGAUACUGGUGCUUACUACAUGGAGACUCUACCUUAUGGCUGCAAAGGUGCCAACUAAGGUGGAGGCCACUUUUAACUUCUUGGAGAUCCGAGCCAUGAACACACAAUCAGAGGUGCAGGUUGUCAUAGAAACCGACAAGGCUACCUAUUCCCUCAGGCUGCAGACACGUGACCACCUUGAUCAUGUGAUCAACCACAUCAACUUCUCGCUCUCUCGAAUAUUCAACAACUCUGUGUUUGCACCUUCCCUCUGCCACUCAGACAGUGAAUUGUCCGACGGAAGCAAGAAGUAUUCCCCCAGCUCUGACACCUCAGUGGAGACGCAGAGAGCUUGUGGUGGUUUCUCAGAGACGUAUGCUGCACUCUGUGAUUACAAUGGCAUCAGCUGCAAAGAAGAAGUGCAGUGGGAUGUAGAUACUAUCUAUCAUUCUCAAGACAACCGUGAGUUCAACCUACUGGACUUCAGUCACCUGGAGAGCAGAGACCUCGCAGUAAUUGUUGCAUCCAUGGCCUAUAACACAUGGUUCACCAAGCUCUACUGCAAAGACCUGCGCAUCGGGUCAGAGGUCACCGAGCAGGUCUUGCACACGCUCAGUAAGUCGUCCAGUCUGGAAGAGAUCACACUGGAGAACACAGGACUCAAAUCUGACUUUCCUCAGAAGCUGUCAGUUGCACUAUCAGACAAUCCCGCAUCAGUAAUCCACUCUCUUAACCUGGCACAUAACACACUGGACAACCAAGGUGUGUGUAAUCUGAUACAGCAGGUGUGUCGGCUGAGUAAAGGCCUCCGUGUCCUUAAUCUGUCCAAAACUUCACUCUCUUCUAAAGGUGUGGUCUCUCUCUCUCAGGCUCUUUGCUCUAAUGAUGAUUACUCAAAUUCACUCCUUCAUCUGGAUCUAAGCAAGAAUCCUGGCAUACUCUCAGGAGAGGAUGCAACGCAUCUGCACAUGUUCCUGUCCCAGCCCAACUGCCUGGUGCAUUUGGACCUGUCAGCCACAGACUGCUGUGUAGGCUCUCUGUUUGGGGCUCUGCUCAGGGGAUGCUGUGCUGACCUCUCUUAUCUCAACCUCUCCAAAAACUCCUUUUCUCACAGGAAAGUGAAAGAGAGCCUGCCAUUGUUCCGCCAGUUCUUCAACUCGGCGUUCAGUCUCAUGCACGUCAGCCUGGCAUCCACAAAGCUUCCCCCAGAUGCGCUCAGGAAUCUGUUCUUAGGUCUGACCAACAACCCUCACAUCAAUGACAUGCACCUCGAUAUCAGUGGCUGUGAGCUGAGAUCAGCAGGUGCUGCUGUAAUACAGGAACUCUUUCCCCGUGUCACCUCUAUCGCCACGUUGGACAUCUCAGACAAUGGGUUUGAUGCAGAUCUGCUCAGUGUGUUGCCGGCUCUGUCCAGACAUCCCUCACUCAAGCACCUUCAUCUUGGCAAAAACUUUAAUGUCAAAAGCAGACUGUUGGAUGAUGUUCUGCAGAAGCUUGUCCAGCUCAUACAAGAAGAAGAGUGUGUACUGCAGUCUCUCUCCCUGGUGGACUCUCGGCUGCGCUCACGGGGCACGGUCCUGGUGAAUGCACUGGGCAGCAACGCUUGCCUCAGGAAGGUGGACCUCAGCGGAAACGGCCUGGACGACAUCGGUGCCAAGAUGCUCAGCAAAGCGUUGCAGAUCAACACCACACUGAGGAGUGUGACAUGGGACCGCAACAGCACCACAGCUACAGGACUGAUGGACGUGGCACGAGCCCUGGAACAUAAUUUCACUUUGCAGUAUAUGCCCAUCCCACUGAGUGAUGUCACGCAGGCAUACCGCAUAGCUCCAGAAAAGACGGAGCAGGCGCUCACCAAGAUUCAGCGUGCUUUGCUGAGGAACAACCAAACCCAGCGUUUCUCACAGAGACAAGCACUGCGUCUGCACCAAGGCCUGGUAACCAGCACUGCUGAACAGGUGAUGGAGCGCUUGUGUGUGCGGGUGCAGCAGCAGGUAUGUGUUCUACGUGGUGUGGCAGAGGUUGAGGACCUUCAAGCAGCAAAACAGGUUCUGAAGGAGGCCCGUAACUCUCGCGCGCUCUAUCCAUCUCUGUGUGAGCUGGCUCAUGUGCUGUCUGUGGACGGGCCCGUCCGGCAGAGGUUGGACUCACUGGCUGGGGAACUAGCCAAGGCUGCAGAUAAAGAACUGCAGGUGAUCGUGGAGUCUAUGGUUUCUCUGUGUCGGGAGCUGUGUCCACUCUCGUCUGCAGCGGCAGAGCAACUGAGUCCUCCAAUUUCGUCCGUCUCGGAGCGAGUAUCCAUCCCACGCUCUUCCAUCCGGACAGCGCUGAUGGAGAGAGCAGCCCAGGACAUCCACCGGGCACUGGAGGAGGUUAAGCUGUCAGUCGUGUCUUAUCUCACCAACUCUAUUGUGGAUCAGAUCUUACAGGAGCUCUACUCCACACACAAAGCUCUGACUCAGCAGGUGUCUCAGCUGAAGCAGUGGGAUGGCGUAUGUGAUGGAGGCACAGGGAGAAGGUCUCACAGACACAGAGACUCACUUGAGAUUACUGAUGAAGAGCUUGGCACCAGCAUUGACACUAUUGCCAUUAAAAAGCGCAGUUCCAGGACCAGACGGAUUCGACCGGUAUCGACUAGACUAAGUUUGUGUGAUGACUCCAGCUCAUCACCUCCCACAUCUGCUGCACAGCUUUCCUCGCCUCUAUCCCGCUCCGCAUCGUGGGAAGGCUUGUCCGCGUUGCCUACCCAGGGUGCACCUCUGCAUCAUGUAACGCGUGUCAGGCCGAAGCCGCCACGAAGGCACAAAGGGGCACUCCUUUCGUCCGACUCGCACUGUACUGAAAAUGGAGCUGUCACUCCACUGGAUGAUGGACUGCCUGAUUUUUAUAGCAAGAGGGUUCUCCCUGAUAGUCAGUUAUCCUCCCUUCAUAAGGCUCACUCCCUUAGGCGAAAAAAGAGCCGCAACGUGCUGGCCAUCUUUGGUUUCCGUAGGAAUCGGAGUGCUACCCUGUCCAAUCAGGAGCCAGACUCACUGGGCGUGGCCUGUAGUGAGGAUUGUUGGACAGUUGCCACGGCUCCCACUGGAAAUGCCCUUGAGAAUGUUUACACCCUUCUUCAGCCUCCCAGGCUGCCUGGAAGGGGCAACUGUCCAGCCGAGGUGACUGAUGGGACUGUGGAAGAUCAGAGGAUGGAGGAACCCAGAGUAGGGGUGAUGGAAUUACGCUCUGUUCAGGGCAUGGCCCUCACCACCUUUAAGGGAAACAAAUACCCCUUCUAUACAAGCAAAAUGAAAUCGGAGGUGGAGACUGACCACGAACCACACUCUGUAACAGACAAAAACUCUGAGAGAGAGAUCAACAGGCAGACAUUGUGGCUGGCAGAGAGACAGACCAGCAGAGAGGUAGACAGGCAAAGGCUUAUUGACAGAGAGCUUGACCGACAGAUGUCCAGGCAGUCAGAGAGGGCUACUGAAAGUGAGGCAGACAGACACACUCUGAGACACCCAGACAGGGAAGUAGACAAGCAGAUACCAAAGCAGACAGAAAAGCUCUCAGAAAGAGAGGUAGACAGGCAGACCCUGAGGAAGAUAGACAGGGAGUUAGACAGACAGACAGCACGGCAGCUGCCAGAGAGAGAGGUAGACAGGCACACUUUGAGGCAGAUUGAUAGAGAGCUCGACAGGCAGAUGCUAUGGAAGCCAGAGAGGCAUUCGGAGAGGGAGUUAGACAGGCACACCCUCAGGCAAAUAGACAGACAGGCUGAGGCACAACAGAGGCAAGCUAGCAGACAGUGGGCCGACUACAGGCAGACCAACAGAGGGCUAGAGAGGCAGUGGUCAGAGUUGAAGCAGACAGACACCCAGUGGACAGACCUAAGGCAGGUGGACAGGCAGUCUGAGAGGCAGUGGAUAGACAGGCAGGCAGAGAAGCAUGCGAGCAGACAGACACAUUGCCAGUGGUCACCCACGGACAGGCCGCUGCCCCCCUAUCCAGCAGGGGACAGGACACCGUCCCCUAGCACACAAGAUGAGAGGCAAAUGUUUGCGGAUGCAGAGCAACAGCUGAACUGUGAUGCACAAGCCAACAAGCCUGUGAUCACAGACCCACGCUCUGAGAGAGACAGGUCCAGGGAGGAGGCUGUGGAGAGACCCCCACCCUUUGACACACGGGCAGAACAGCAGGCAAACCAGAGGAUGGACCAGAGAGCAGAGUCAUGGCAGUCAGAAGAGAGAUGCAGGGGAACAGGGGCCACGAUGGCACCUAUCGGGCGUUCCAUGCACUGCCUCUCUAAACCGAACCCCCCUCCACAGAGCAGUAAACCAAGCUUGGCCAAACUCAGACAGAGACCCUUGCAGGAGAGCUCAGGUACUGAGGAUGAAAGUGGAGCAGAGAGGGAUAGCGGUAGAGUAGAAAAGAAAGACAGAGAAGGAGGAAUGGAGAGAGCAAGAGAAACAGAGGGACAGCCCCCUCCAAUCCCAGCAAAGCCAAAGACUGCCCCCUAUGUGCUCUCUCCAACUGAAUCAGCAAAUGAGAGGAAAGUUCCACCAUUUGUACCAACGUCCUCUACAAAGCCUCCACUAGGAUUGGCUGAGAGAUCCCAUACUCAAGGGGAGGAGAGCAUGAGGCCUCAGGCUCCAUUGAAGCCCCAGCGCAACAGAAAGGCUCUGUCCUGUGACACAGGCCCAGACAGGGACAGCCCCCAUAACCUGGAGAAGCCCCCAAACCCUCGCAACCCCCCUGUGAAAAAACCUAGACUCCCCCAGAACAGAAACCAAUCCUUGGAACACCCUGACUGCGUUGGGCUGCUGCCUGGAAACAGUGAGCCUUUGUGACAACUGUAUACACCUCACAUGUCAGAGGCUGACCUGAGGGUUGCCAUGGUGACAGCGAGGCCAGGGCUUAGACAGAAACAUGGUUAAUUCACUGGGGAGUUGGUUAGGGAGGAGAGUGCAUGCUGGAGAGAAACAGGAAAACAAAAUGAGCCAAAAAUGGAGUGGGGGGUGGAGGCUGGUGAUGUCAUAGCAUUUAUGAUAAACAUUUGCACUUAGACAGGAGUUCAUGAAUGUGGUCCCAUAAAUACACACAGGCUCUUUUUCACAUUCCUUGUUCGUACUUUCACAUUUAAAUGUGCGCUACAUAAAACUUUCCUGCUUUUAAUAAAUAUAUGUUGAUUCUGCUCUAAAACUCUUCACCACUUAAAUGCUUUUUUUGUUAUUGCAAUGGGGCCAAGCACCAAAUAAUUUUCUUAUUAUUAAUACAUAAAGGUUUAUAUAAAUUUGAUUUUUAUACAGUUGUGUUUAGUUAAAAUUGGAAAAAUAGAUUUGUAUGUAUUUAUGCAAAUCAUUAUAAUUUGCAUUGUUUGCGUUCACAUACAGUAAAUGCAUAUGACUUUUCUUUAGUUGAAACUCGCAACUGAGUUGUAAAUAUUUCUAUCUGUCUCUGCUUUCAUGAGCUGCUGUGUAAUAUAUUUUGUAGAAAGAGAAAAAAUGAGGAACUUGUGUGUGUAUAUAUACAUAUAUAUGAAUUAAUGAAUACAUUGGGAAAGGUAUGUGUGUCAGUUCUGUGGCCAGCACUGUUAUGUUGUAAAAAUAGACAGGAAUGCUUCUUAGCAGUAAAGAUCAUUAAAAAGGCAGGUAAAAAA